AGAGUCAAACCAACUCGGUCUUACUUGUUGCCGUCUAAAAAAUCUCUCUCUCUCUCUUUCUCUCUCUCUCUCUCUCUCUCUCUCAUCGUCUCCGGCGUGCUCCUCCGAACAUUCUUUCGUUCUCUGAAAACGAUUCUGGAGUUAUGAAUUGGGUUCAACGAAAGAUCUAUCUUUACAAUGUGACAUUUGGGCUCUAUAUGUUGGAUUGGUGGGAGCGUUAUCUCUUCAAUACUUUGGUCGUUGUGUUGCUGUGGUUCCUGUGUUACAAUGGGUCACGAUAUUUAAUGGAGUUUGGGAAGAGAUACUUUGAUCAUUGUGUUGCUGUGGUUCCUGUGUUACAAUGGGUCACGAUAUUUAAUGGAGUUUGGGAAGAGUGUCAGGCGUCUAUGGUGAGGUCUGGAGAUAGCGUCGACCUGGGGUGUUCGGAUUGAUGACUGAGCGAUGAUUUGAAUGCAGCUGCACCACCGUGUGUGUGUUACACUCCGUAUUUAGAUUUGACUUGUGAAGUGUUGAUUUUGUGAGAGUAAUUGUGCAUGUCCUACACCAUUUUCUUGUGUUUUAGACUUGAAUUUCUGUUAAUAUAGCAGAUAGUUUUACAGUUGAUUUACCGGUAGAUGAUGUGAUUUGUUUUGCUUUCCACUCCUCGAAAGCUUUGUUAUUUAUUUGUUUUCCCCA